UUGACAACAGGACAACACUGGAAGAAAACAGUGAGAUGCGUGCGAAUGUAUGUAUGACAGUGCGUGUGCGAUCAACGUUUCCAAUUUGGCGAUGGCAUUGUGUCGAAAGUCAUCGAUCUUGGAAAAUUAUUGACGCGAAUUCAGCAUGAUUUAACGCGCUCGCGUUUUGCCGAAAAGGACAAAAGGAAAUAUUUAUACAACGAUCUCGAUGCAAGACGACGACGAAAUGUCGGCGCGGGCAAAUCAGGACAUCAGUCUCUGCCGCGUCUGUCUGACUAUGAAUCACUGCAACCAGUGCAUCUUCCGUAAAAAUUGGAACGAUCCAGAUAGCGCGGACACAUCCGAACUGCUCUCAAAGAAACUGCAAUUGUGCGGUGGAGUGGAGGUUCAGGAAGACGAUGGUUUACCUUCUAGCAUCUGUACCAAGUGUGAAAUGAAAAUUAAUGUUGCCUACGAAUUGAGAGAACAAUGCCAGAAAGCAGACAAGGAGCUUAGAAAACUCUAUGGAAUAACGUUGAGCACAAAUGUUACUAGCAACUGUAUUCUUACAAAAGAUCAAUAUUGUCAAACUGAGCAAUCUUUUAACCUGGAUACAAUCAAGUUAGAGGACAAUAAGGAAUUAAAUAUGGAUAAUAGAGAUAAUAUAGAGAAGAAUAUCUUUAUGACAGAAUCAAGGAAUGUUAUGAAACAUGAACAACCAGAUACUUUUAAUCAAACAGAAAAUAUUUUAGUAGAUAAUGUACCAGAUUUAGAUUGCGUUAAUAAAUGUAAACAACAUGAUAAAAUUGUUAUAAAAGAAGUUCAUAGAACGAGAAGACUAACUAUGUUCAAAAGAGUUACAUCUAUGGAGAAUUUGAAGAAUCAUAAAGAAAGACAAAGAAGAUAUAUCAAAAAGAGCACAAGCGUUAAACGAGAUAUCAAUAGCGAGUAUCAAACAAACACGAAAAAUAUUGAUAGUAAAAUAGAUACAAUGUCAGAAUAUGAAUUGCGAUAUAAAUGUUCAAAAUGUGAUAGAUUUUAUUCCAGUAAAAGGUCUUUAGAUAGACACACAUCAACUCAUGAUGAUAAAGAGUUCAAAUGUGAUAACUGUGAUAAACAAUUUUUCUGUUUGGAUAAACUGCAUAAGCAUUUUAAUCUGCACAAAACGAAGGAGAAGCCAGAACCAGUGUUUUGUAGAAUCUGCAAUAAAAGAUUCAGGAAAACUGAUACUAUGGUUAGACAUUUGAAUGUUCACAAGAGAGCGAAUCCUAAGGAAGUUUUUUCUAUAUUAAAAGAGAUUCGAGACAAAAGAAAAUUAGAAAAUAAUACAGAAUACUCCGAAAUGUCACUUCAUCUCGUUGUCAAUAAGGAUGAAAUAAUAGCACAUGAAGAAAAAUCGCAAAACUUAAAAGAUAGCACAACGAGAGAAUUAAGAAAACGUAACGUAAAAAGUGAACAGAGAGAUUCGUUAAAUAGCGAUUCCAGUAAUGACAAAUUUAAGUCUUUUGACGAUACAUUGCUUUUUGACUGCAGAUAUUGCAGCAAGCACUUUACUAACGAAAAAAGCCUUCAACGUCAUCAGUCAGUACAUAAAAAAUUUGUUUGUAGCGUCUGCAACAUGAAAUUUUUCCGGCAGGAUAGGCUUAAGAGUCACAUGGAUCGAUAUGGUCAUGACGAGAGCAAAACAUGUUCGGAGCCGCAGAGACCACCUGACGAUAAAUCGGCCAUUAAGCUGAUAAACAGUUGGAUCAGGGAAGAAUUGGAUUCCGAUAAUGAGGGUAAGGGCUUUCCCUGUAAGAUUUGUGGGAAAUCGUACGACACAAAGAAGUCUUUAUUAAAACAUCAAAUGAAGACACAUGGUGGACAAGACGAAUAUUGCGCAAACUGCGGUGCAAGCAGCGUGUGUAUUUGCGCGGAUAAGUACAAAGAUCGGGAAAAGAGUAAUGAAAAGUUGAAGCUGUAUACAUGCGAGGAGUGUAACAAGUCAUUCGAGAAGGAGAUCAAAUUGCAGAGGCAUUUACGAAUUCACGAGCGCGCCAAGGAGCAGCAGGACACGAAUUUCAAACGUUUUCUCUGUCACAUAUGCAGCAAAACAUUUCGGCAGAACACCGGUCUUAUGUUUCAUAUGAGAACGCACACGGGUUACAAGCCGCAUGUGUGUAAGUACUGCGGCCGUGGUUUCACGUCCAACUCAAAUUGCAUCAAUCAUGAGAGGACUCACACAGGCGAUCGGCCGUUUGUCUGUCAAUAUUGCAGUGCGGCGUUCGCCAAGUCAUGCACCCUCAAGGCCCACAUCACCACGCACACCGGCGAGGCGAAUUAUCAUUGUAAGACCUGCGGUAAAUCGUUUCGCCGACUAAAGUAUCUGAAAGAGCAUAGAUUCACGCACACAGGCGAGAAACCGUACGCAUGCAAGAUCUGUGGCACGGCUUACAGUCAUUCCGGCAGCUUGUUUGUACAUGAGAAGAAGUGCAAGGCGCAGUAUAGCAAUUAUCAGUCGGAAACUGUGCAAAACGCGCAGCAACAAACUACCUACUGCAGCCAGUCGCCCCAGACGACCAUUUCCGGCGGCAUUUCUUCAGUUACAUCUCCUUCCUCGGUUAUCGCGCCCAUCAUCACGACCACAUUGCCUCAAGCUCAUUUGAAUAUCAUCAACAGCACUCUGAAUGUACAGACGAACAAGGAUUACAUGGACGAUAUUCAGCGAAUAAACGCACAUGCAACGGGUACAGCGACUACGGUUGUUUCAUCGGAUCUGCAACCAAACACUGACAUUUCCGAAAUGAAUUCCAAUGUGAGGAACUUUGCCAUUAUCGGGCAAAUCAAUAUGCCUUCCUAUAAGCUGACUUAUUUUUCCGUUAAGGCUUUGGGUGAGCCAAUUCGCUUCCUGCUCAGCUAUGGUGGCACUGAAUUCGUCGACGAUCGUUUCGAUAAGGAAGAUUGGCCAAAAAUUAAGCCGACUACGCCAUUUGGCCAAGUACCCGUACUCGAAGUAGACGGAAAGAAGAUCGCUCAAUCUACAGCUAUCUCCCGCUACUUGGCAAAGCAAUACGGUCUUGCCGGCAAAGACGAUUGGGAAUCUUUAGAAAUCGACGUUACCGUCGAUACUAUACAUGAUGUACGCGCCAAAAUCGCGGCUUAUCAUUAUGAAAACAACGAAACUGUUAAAGAGGAGAAACUCAAAAUCGCCAAGGAAACGGUGCCGUUCUAUCUGGAGCGUUUGAAUGCUCAGGUGCAGAAGAAUGGCGGGUACUUCGUCGGCGGUGCUCUAACCUGGGCCGAUCUCACUUUUGUCGCUCUACUGGACUAUCUAAACUUUAUGAUGGAGGAGAAUAUAAUCGAGAAAUAUGAAAAUCUGAAACAGCUGAAGCAAAAGGUCGAGGAGAUACCGGCUAUCAAGAGUUGGAUUGAGAAGCGUCCGCCGAGUGCUCUGUAAUUUCAUUGAAUGAUGGUUGAUUUUUCAAUCGUUGAUUAUUUAUGUCAUACUAUGUCUCGGUUUGAUUCAAAUGUCAAUUUUUCUUUUUCUCUAUAUGCUUAAAUUUAUAUAUGUAUGAUAGAUUUAGAAAUGUGCAUUGAACAUAGAUAUAUAUUUUAAUUCUUGUAGGCUGAUUGUUAUUCCUACCAUAUAUUAAUACGACAAUAAUAAGAAUAUUGUAAAAAUAUUUCUAAUAGAACUUCAAUCAAUAUGCUAUUUUUGCAUUAUAUAAUUUUGUAUUUCAAUAAAUCGCUAUUUUUAUUUUGUAUAUGUGCGCGUUGCUGAUUUGUUUUGUAUUCUAGCAGAUUUUAUUUUUUCCAUUUAUUUAGAAUUUGUUAAAGUAUAUUUGUAUUUACCGAACCUUCUUCCCUUCGGUCUCUCUCAUUUUAUAAAAUAAUUUUUAUAUUUAUACUCAAAUUGAAACAAAUAUUUUAUUUAUACUGAUUGUAUCUUAACAAAAUUUUGCAAUAAAUGUGGCAUGAUUAAUUUGUGCUAUCGUAC